UUUAUUAGUUUAUCAUUAAUUAGUAUCUCGAAGAGAAAUGGUACUUUCUUAAAUUCUCUAAUCAGUACAAUAUUGCAAUUGUUAUAACCUGUCAAGUGUAAGAGACUAAUUGAUAAUCAUCUUUACGUUUGGUCAUUGAAACACGUUCAAUGUUCUGUCGAAGUCUGGUGAAGCAAACAUUCGAAACUAAUUGCAAAGAAGUGGGAUAGAAGUGUAAGGAAAAGGAGAGGCUGCAUGUCAGUGGGCGGGGAGUAGACAUGUAUGAUAUAAGUAUGAUGAAUAAUCAUCUAGUAAAAGAUUAGAAUUUGAACAGUCUGUGUUUGAUAGUACCAGAAAUUACAGCUAUGAAGAACGAGGAACCUGCAGAAAAUACAGAAAAAGGAUCAACGACAAUUUGUGGUGAACUCGGCAUCAGACACCUGCAAAUACUUUUACAGUUCUUUGGAAUGGUAAUUGGAUAUUGUCUUCGAGUGAGCAUGUCGGUAGCUAUUGUGGCAAUGACACAGAAUAAUCAAAGCAGUGAUCAUGCAUUUGAGGUCUACAAUUGGAAAUCGACGGAGCAGUCACUGAUCCUCUCUUCUUUCUUUUGGGGCUACACGAUAAUGCAAAUACCAAGUGGCUACAUAGCUACAGUAUGGAGCGCACAAAAAUUACUCAGUGUUGGAGUACUGCUUUGCGGAAUCUUAAACAUUUUGACACCGACCGUUGCUCAUUAUGGGAGUUACAUUGGUGUUUGUAUUUGUAGAGUAGGCAUGGGACUGUGUCAGAGUUGUCUUUUACCGUCUAUACAGACUCUACUUUCUAAGUGGGCACCGCCAUCCGAACGAGCACGACUUGGUACACUUGCUUACGCUGGGGCACAAUUUGGGACCGUGAUUUGUUUUCCAAUUUCUGGAGAAUUAGCAGCUUCAAGUGUUGGCUGGCCAUCUAUCUUUUAUACGUUUGGCGUUUUAGCGAUAAUUUGGGCCAUUGUAUUUUUCAUUUUUGGUUCGGACAGUCCUUCUAAGCACUCGGGGAUAUCGGAGAAAGAAAGGCGAUAUAUAGAAGAUAGCUUAAAAACUCCCGGGGAUACAGAAAAAUCAGAUAACAAAACGGCGAUGAAAACACCAUGGAAAGCUAUAUUCACCUCAGUACCGAUGUGGGCCCUUAUAAUUGUACAUUGUGGACAAAAUUGGGGCUUUUGGACUCUUAUCACAGAACUACCAAUUUACAUGAACAAUAUUUUAAAAUUUAAGUUGGAGGAGAACGGUUGGAUAUCGGCGCUUCCUUAUUUAACGAUGUGGAUACUAAGUUUUCCAACAUGCUGGUUAGCUGAUUAUGCUUUAAAGAAGAAUAUCUCAAGAGGAGUAAUUCGAAAAGUUUGCAAUUCGAUUGCACACUGGGGACCAGCGAUAGCUUUGAUUUGCCUUGGUACGAUGUCGGUGCACGAUGCCGCCGUGGCUACAACUAUCCUUGUGAUAGCUGUAGGUUUAAAUGCUGGAUCUCUAUCAGGAUUUCAAAUUAAUCAUAUCGACAUAAGUCCAAAUUUCGCUGGCACGUUGAUGUCCAUUACAAAUUGUAUAGCAUCUAUAAUUGCAAUAAUCGCACCAAUAGUCUGCGGCAUAAUCGCAUACGACGAGAAAGAUGUGAGCCAGUGGAAUAUAGUAUUCUACUUGUCUGCUACUAUUUAUAUUCUAGGAAAUUUAAUUUUUGUUAUCUUUGGCAGUACUGAUAUUCAACCAUGGAACAAUCCUGAAACUAUGAAUGUCAAAAGACAAAGCGAGAAAGAAUUAACAGUUAUAUGAAUAUGCAGAAAUAUCUGCGUUAUGUUCCGUUAGCGUCGCAACCAUCAUAUUUAGAGGAACGAUCAAUUUUAAAAUCCAAGAAUUCUUGAAACUGUUUCCUUUAUUUUUUCAUUCAUAAAGUUUCUUUUUAAACAAUCAAUAUGUUAAACAAUUUCUAGAGUUUAGGUGGAAUACAAAAUGUAUUUAAUCUUCCGCAAACAUUAAAUUUAUGAUUCGUGCCGAUUGCGACCAAUGAUUUACAGUAAAUAUAUUCUUCUUCAACGUGGUUGAUAAUCGACAAUGUGAUAUAUGUAUUUAUAUUAGAAAAUACCAAAAAAGUAAUUAAACAUAAUUUUUAGUGUAAGGGAUAGACAAUAUCCCUUUGUACAGAGACGAUUUAGGAUGUUUAGACGACAGAACGGCUAAGAUAAUGAAAAAGAGGCUGUGCUUUACAAAACUAAGUGUACAUGUAUAUGUAGAUGAUUAGCGUCGAUAAUAUACUGUUCGUUUCCACGUUCGUAAGGUACAAGAUUGCUUUUGCUAUAUUCUAGUCUUGAGUCAAAUCUUUCAUCAAACAGUUUAACGGGACCAAUUUUUAUGUAGUUCUGAGAUUGAAAAAAGAAUUUAACUUGUAACAUAUCAAAAUUUAGAAUAGCUUGAAUGGAAGAGGUAACGUGAAGCAUUUAAUAAAAUAUUAGGUUAUCUCAUAAAUAUAGGUAUCCUUCUUUAUGACAUGUUAAAUAAACAUCAAUAUCAUACUUACUAUGUUAAACAAACAUCAAUAUCUUACUUACAUUUAUUCUUUGAAAGACAGUCGUUUUCUUGGUCUAAAUAAAAUACCUAACAUGUAUAGAAUGAUAUUUUUUUAUUUAAGGGGACACGUAACCAAAAAAUGUAAAAUGAAUCUUUUUUUAUUACAGAUUCGGAAUAUACGUAUAGAUAUUUCUGCAGGUUGUGUUAAAAUAUAGUGCAGUUUUGUACACUAGAAGUAAGAUUAAAGAGAAAGUGGGAAAAAAAUCUAUAUUCUUUUAAUGAAUUUCUGCUCCAUAAGCAGGAUCAUCUUUCUCCUGUUCUUGGAAUGUAUAUUCCAAUUUUCUUUUUCUUGCCUGCUGAUAAAUUUUUGUUAUUUUUCUUCCUGCGUUUCUCAUCCUAGUUCCAUCUAAUUAUUGCAUAAUUUUUGUACAUUUUGCUGGUUCUAAGCAAAGUUUCUCAACAAAUGAAUUAUCAGAAAAACAUUUUUCUCUUAAUCAUAUUUUUAGUACUAAUUCUUACAAAGAUAAUGAACGUAUUGAAUGAAGGAAUUUGGAAAGUAACGUCUACAAGACAAAGAACAAAAAUGAUAAUUUAUUAGUUUAAAAAUUAUGUAACUUUUUUGCUAAGAGGUAUAUAAAGAACUGAGUAUUCGAUUCAUUUAGAAUUAUUAGCAAUUAAAUUUAUUAACGUAUUGAAAAUAACAGAGUACGUGAUUCAAAUUUCAUUGAUAUUACUACAUUAAUUUCGGAGAAAAUGUUUCAUAAAACUAUACAGUUUUCUAUAUGAAUAGAGUUCGAUUGCGAGUUCCCUUAAUUAAAACUACAUGUUACACGAAUUCAAAUAAAGAAAUGCAAUAAAUAUCGGAAAUAUUUAUAAUGUUAAUAGCACUUUUUCAAAUUUCAAAUGAUAUUAGAAAAAAAUUUGAAUUUUAGCAAUAACACUGCUUCGUUACUUACAAUCAAUUGGAAGUAUGAUAUUUUUUUAGUAAAUUAUGUAUGAAAUUAUCUAACGUUGUAUAUUGUGUACAAUAUAAAAGAAGUUGUAGCUAUGUGACUGUUAGAAAUUAUUGUACUUUAAUAAUGUAUCUAAAAUGAAAAUGAAAAUGAAAAUAAAAAGAUAUAGGUAAAA